AUGGAAUCUCAGCUACACGAUAUCAUUGAGAAAAAAAAGACCACCGGCCCCCCUAAGAUUCUAAAAGCUAUCAUUCCGGUUGAGGAUAUAGAAAAACUUGUCCCCAGUGAAUUGCUCGAACAAAUGAAAAGUUCGGAGCGUGAGGAAAUAUCGACGGAACCAAAGAUUGAUCUUAAUUCCACACCAAAUGCGUCGUUGGUUAUUCCGGAGUAUCUUUUACCAAAAGCGACCCCGAAGAUACCGGUUCAAACUCCUUCUAAGAUUUACAGCAUCAUGAACGAUUCGUUGGCGGAACCUGUCAGCAGUCAAGAAUCGCUUUCUACUGAAAUUGAACCUUUGGAUAUGGAACGUGAUUCUCCUUUCAAAUUGAAAUUACAGAGCAAAACCAAACUUAAUCCCACUUCUUCCUCGUUGAAUCUUCUUGGACCCGAGAACGAAGAAGAUGAAAAUCAGAAAACCAAACAAAUCCAAAAAAGAGAAGAUGAAACUGAUGCAGCUGCGAAGAGAAAAAGCAAAUCUCGUUCCAGGGAGCGUGUUGCUUCUAAACGAACUCGAGAUCAAAGAUCGAGGGAACACAGUCCCAAAAGAAAUCGUGAUCGCAAUUAUAAACGCCAGCAAUCGAGGGAUCUUCUUAGUCCUACAAAACCAAAGGAAAGAAGUCCUCUGAGGCGUCCUGCGGACCGUGACAUUCGUAGCUUUUAA